GCUUGCCGUAUGGGUAUCACGCAGCGAAGUCCAAGCCGCAAGACGGGGAAACACUCGGUUGGGACCGCCUCAUAACAGAGUGAGGUAUGCGAUCUUUGUGUGUGUAAAUGUGUGUGUGUUCAUCGCCUUCUAUGAUCGCGCAGGUUGCCCUAUCCAGAGUUUAGCUAUACACACACAAACACGACAUGUUUAUGUGCACCGUCUCACACGCACACACUCACUCAACUUGAGAGCUUUUAUGCGUGCGUGUGCGUGCGAUCGGCUACUGGUCACAACACACACGCACAGGAAUAAACUUAUUGCCACUGAGCGCCCGACAAACUUAUCUCACCUGUGCGGAUGGGCUGAAAGUGAAAACCAAGACAAAAAAGAAUCUUCUUUUCUUCGAAGAACUUAACGAGAACAGUUACUCUUUCACUUGCUCUUCGGACCGACAGUAGGGUUGUCUUUAUCUCCAGAGGCCAAGGCAGUAAAUAUUAACGGACUUUGUCAAGAUAGAUCCCGAUUAUCACACCUCGAUUUCGAAUAAAUUCUGUGAAGACCAACAAUAUUAUUCAUCAUUCAAACUUCGUGGAAGAUUUUUCUUAUUCGCAACAGAAAGACACUUCAUUCUAAUCAACUUUUAAUUGCAGUCAUCUAAAAUUGGACCUUUGCACUUGUCGAGAAUCGCCAAAAUAGUACAGCAUCUAGGAAAAUGAGAUUCAUCCUCUUGUCUACAAAUUAAAACUGCUGCAGUAACUAAAUCUUUUUGGAGAAAAAAAACAGACCAUUGUAUCUAUUUAGAAGGGGUUAUUUUUAUUACUUGCAUGACUUUUCUGUGAAAUACCAGUAUGCCACGCCCAGCCAGAAGUACAUACAGUGAUGCCAAGCCACCAUACUCAUAUAUCUCCCUAACGGCUAUGGCAAUUCAAAGCUCGCAGGAAAAGAUGUUACCCCUGAGUGAUAUCUACAAAUUCAUCAUGGACCGUUUUCCGUAUUAUCGCAAAAACACUCAACGCUGGCAAAAUUCGUUACGGCACAAUUUAUCGUUCAAUGACUGUUUCUUGAAGAUUCCGCGCCGUCCCGACCGACCAGGGAAAGGCAGCUACUGGGCCUUGCAUCCGCUCAGCGCUGAUAUGUUCGAGAACGGGAGUUUUCUCCGACGUCGAAAGAGAUUCAAGUCUCCACGUAUCGCCACCAUCGACCACAACAUGCAGAUCAAACAGAUCGAUUCAGCGAAGAUUUUUCAGGAGCAGGCGAAGAUAGGUCUUCCACCGUACCCUCCACCACCUAUCAUUCCGGCGUCGCCUCCGAUGGUGAUGCAGAAGAUGCCGCUUUCCUGCUACACUUCAAUGUCCAACUCGCCUAUAACACCGACAUCAACGGUUACGAACUCGAGUAAGCAGUCUUUCACUAUUGAAAACAUCAUCUCUCCUGAUUUCAAGCCAUCAACCACCAAAUCACCGGCGACACCGCCUACCCCGACGAGGAGCUCGCCAGUCGAGAGCAUCGAUGUUGUGAAAUCUCGAUCGGCCCAAUGCAACAGAGCCUGGUGCGACGAGUCUCCCGUCGCUCGCCCGACGGAUAUGUGCUGCGGACAGUCUCGGGAUCAUCCCCCGUGUAACGAAUGCAUCGCCAGGAUGCGGACUCUUCUACCGAGACCAAUUUUGGGCCAUUCCCCUGCCAUACCAGUCCCGAUCCGACCAGCUUUCCAUGGUUUUGGGUUGCCAAGUCAGUGUUCACCAGCUCUCUUCCAGGGGGUACCCGCGGGAUGCAUAUUGCCUCUUAUUCGGAGAGACAUUUCGGAGCACAGCAUAAAAGCGUAACACUCCCUUCAAGUUCUACAAUACCAAAGAAGACAUGUUUAAACACUGACUCAAGAGAAGAGAGACUCUAAAACAUAGACAGGUAAAUGUAAAAUGAUAACAAAUAUAGCUUAUCGUAGAAAUACAGAGUAUACAUAUCUCAUUCUGCACAAAAUAUAUUUUAUUGCGUUGCAAAGCAAUGACUCUGCACGAGAAAAACAUGAUAUUGCCUUUGUGAAUUCUGAUACCAAUUUGCCAACACACAUUUUUUAUUUUGUCUUUCUAAAUUUGUCGAUGAUAAUAUGUCUUAGAAAUCAAGAAAAUGAGUUAAGUGAAGCUAAUCACGAAUGUCCCUCUCAUAAUAUUGUUCUGCCAAUUAUUGGGAGAAAAUAUAAUUCAGAUAAGAACAUUCUAGUAAUUGAUUAGUGUCAUACUUUAAUUAUUAUAUCUGAUUUCUCAUAUAAAAUUACUUUCUUGUCUGCCAUAUUUGUUUUGUAUAACUUUUGAUUACAAAAAUUGUGAGUUUAGCUAUUUAUGCCAUGAUAUAAGAAGCUUUUUUGUGUACCAUGUGUUUGUGGACUGCAUGUUACAAUUUUACGUUUACAUAAAACCCUUAGGGUUGUUUCAGAUGACAAUUUACUAUUAUGUGAUUGUAACUAACAUAAAAAAUGAUAUGCCAGAUAAUCUGUACAAAAUAAUGAUUUAAUUACAUGUUUGUGAAAAGAAAUGAUAAAUAAAUCUGUACACAGUGCAUUCAAAAUUGAUUGAAUAAUGUACGAAAUGUAAUGAAUAUGUUAAUUUUAGUUUUCACUGAGGCUUAUUCCAUAACUGUUCACCACUUAAAACAAAAUAGUCUGCGCAUCUUUCCUACGUGAUGAAAGUUAAAUUCGGAAUACCCGGAUCCCGUUGAAUAUAAAAAUAAUGUUUAAUAAGCUUACCAUCCAUUGCAUGGCAACUACCAUGGAAUCCUUGACUUUGAUUUGCUGUUGAAUGGUAACUAUCAUGAAAUCCUUGAUUAUGAUUGGCUGUUGAGCCAUUUUUUCCAGGGGAAGUUACCAUUGGAUGGCAAAUUUACCAUAAUAGUAACUUUUAUGUGCCCGUGCACUGAAAAAAAAAACAUUUCAUAGAAAACAGAUAAUGAUCAUGGCCGAGCGAUAACUUCUUGUGCACAUUUCUUGGAUGUCCAAUGUUAUCGAGGCAUAGCACACUCGAAACCGAAAUGCUUUCAUAAUUCUUGAUAACGUGAUUAUUCGGAAUAUAGAUUCUUUACGAAUUCUGAAUAUAUGUAAACAUCUUAGAAGUAUAUUUAACAUGUACUUAGAUAUCAAAAUAUUCAACAAAGGAAAAUAAUUUCUGGAAAUCACAUGUACAUGUUUAAUAGAAUUGCCCCAUAAUAUCAUGCGAAACUGAAUAAUUUGAAUAUUUUUCCUUUCUAUGUUAAUUUCAGAUUUCUAGACAGUGUUUCCCAUAAAAGAAAAUGGUAUUCACCAGAUUUGAAAAUUAUGAUUCGGUGUUAUAAUCAAUAGAUUCAGAUCUCCUUUAGGUUAUAGAUAGUUAUAAGUAUUUAAAUGUAUGGUUUGGAUAUGUUGAAUAUUGAAUGUCGAAACAAUAAUUUUCUCUAUCAUAUCUGGGAACAAAUCCGUUAGCCAUCAAAUCACUAUUUUAAUAAAAUAUUCCCAAAGACAGAUUAAAUAAUAAGGAGGGUAGAUAAAAAUAACAAUGAUUUAGUCGUAUAGGCCUACAUGUGAUAUUCGUUAAAUACAAUCGAAAUGAAUUGAUGAAUUUUAACAUGCAUUAACUUAAUUUCAGAAAUUUAUCAACGAAGUUAAUGUACAAAAACAAUGGCAUGUUUAUAAAAACAAUAAACCUUUUCAAGAUAAAGUCAUUUUUCUCUAGGUCGUUUAUUUCCUUUAACGCAGUCAAACUUUUAACAUGGAUUAUUGACCUAACACUAUUUUAUUGGACAAUUGACAUAAUACAGUCAUUUUAAAUUUUAAGGAGAGAUGGCAUUGAUAUAAUAUCAUAAAGUUUAUGAAAAUCUCAGAUGAAUACUAUAUUUACUUAUAUAUAUUUACUAUUUUAUGGCGUAUCUCAGUGUGAUCGUUAAUUUCAUUCUUGUAAACAUGGCAAAUCACAACAAAUAUUCUAAAUAUGAAUUAGAAGUUACUUUGAGUCAAUUAAUGGUCGCUCGAUAUGUCGGUGUGAUAUCACUCCUACUUAGUUACCGAAUCUCUGUGAACCUUAACGUUCUAAGGUCAACACCAUAAUAUCUGACCUAUGUCAAGAGAUGUAAAAUCUCAAGUGCAAGCAUAAAUUGCGGAUUAACUCCUUUCUUUCCAUUACAAACAGAAAAUAAAAAUGAAGUGUUCACCUUGA